AUGUUGUGCUAUCAGUCCGGACCGGACGAUACCCAGUGUUUCCAGUGUAACGUCAGCAACAAAAUAGACUAUGAAUUUGCAAAUGGUUGCCUCAACGUCAUCGAACCAAUCGUAAUAACUGAGCAUCCGCCGCCACUUCAAGAAAUCGUCAAGGGCGAUCGCGUUCAGCUGACAGUGAAAGCUACAACUGACCCGGGGAUGACCUUGAGAGAAAGAUGGCGCUUCAAGAAUCAAACCUAUGACAAUAAUGCGCCUCCUCAUGUGAUCUACAAUGAUGUCACAAAGGAAGCCUAUAUCGACACGUCAGGCCUCACUGAUGCGGAGUUUGAAGCGAUUAUUGGCGUGUACUACCGGGACCUGUAUCACCAAUACGAUAGCUACACAGUAACAAUUAGUGUGGCACUAAAGGGGAGAGGUGCAGACGUCUGUGAAGAACACUCACUGUAUCCGUGGAUAUAUUCAUUGUCUGCGGCAGUCGUUGUGCUCCUGUUCAUAGUUGUGUUUUUAAUUAUAAGAAGUGACCUUAAGAAGGAAGAUGUCGAGGAGAUCCUCUUUGAUCCCAUAAUAUCCAUCUGA